AUGUCAGACCCUAUCAGAACGAAGCCCAAGUCGUCGAUGCAGAUCGACAACGCUCCAACGCCUCACAAUACGCCAGCAUCGGUCCUGAAUCCGAGCUAUUUGAAAAACGGGAACCCAGUUAGGGCCCAGGCACAGGAGCAGGACGAUAAGAUCGGCACCAUCAACGAGGAGGACAUCCUUGCUAACCAACCCCUGUUGUUACAGUCCAUCCAAGACAGACUGGGUUCGCUGGUGGGCCAGGAUAGCGGAUAUGUGGGGGGUCUUCCCAAGAACGUUAAGGAAAAGCUGCUGAGCCUGAAGACGCUACAAAGCGAGCUAUUUGAAGUGGAAAAGGAAUUUCAGGUCGAGAUGUUUGAGCUAGAGAACAAGUUUCUGCAGAAGUACAAGCCCAUUUGGGAGCAGCGGUCCAGAAUUAUUUCAGGACAGGAGCAACCCAAGCCGGAGCAGAUCGCGAAGGGCCAAGAGAUUGUGGAGUCAUUAAACGAGACAGAGUUGCUAGUGGACGAAGAAGAGGAUGGCCAAAAGGAUUCUGAGGAGGACCAGGUGAAGGGAAUCCCCUCAUUCUGGCUGACCGCGUUGGAGAACUUGCCCAUCGUUUGCGACACGAUCACUGACCGUGAUGCGGAAGUCCUGGAAUAUCUGCAAGAGAUUGGCCUGGAAUACUUGACGGACGGUAGACCCGGUUUCAAGCUGUCGUUCAAAUUUGAUUCUUCCGCCAACCCAUUCUUUACCAACGACACUCUGUGCAAGACCUACUUCUACCAGAAGGAGCUGGGCUACUCGGGUGACUUUAUCUACGACCAUGCAGAAGGUUGCGAGAUCAGCUGGAAGGACAACACCCACAACGUCACCGUGGACCUCGAAAUGCGCAAACAAAGAAACAAGACCACCAAGCAGGUGAGGACCAUCGAGAAGAUCACCCCUAUAGAGUCCUUUUUCAACUUCUUCGACCCUCCAAAGAUCCAAAACGAAGACCAAGACGAGGAGCUAGAGGAAGACCUCGAAGAACGUCUAGCUUUAGACUAUUCUAUUGGUGAGCAACUCAAAGACAAGCUAAUUCCUAGAGCCGUGGACUGGUUUACUGGCGCAGCCUUGGAAUUCGAGUUUGAGGAGGAGGAAGAAGAAGUGGACGAAGACGACGAAGAUGACGAUGGUGAUGAUCACGACGUGGAGGACGACGAUGGGGAAUCUGCUGAAGAACAGGAUGAUUUUGCUGGCAAACCAGAACAGGCCCCUGAAUGCAAACAGUCAUGA